AUGGAAUUAGCUUAUUUUGAUGACCCUUUAAUUAACAAAAAUUUAGAAAAUGCCCAAGCAGUUGCUGAGUUAGUGGAAGAUUGUAAAAAAGCUGAGGCAGCAACAAAGAAAGAUGAAGCUUUAUUAAAUAAAAUUGCGCUACAACAAACAAACCGGACUUUAGCUUAUAAAGUAGUUAAUUUCAGAGAAGCGAGAGUUGAGGAGAAAAGAAAUGAAAGAGUUAAAAAAAUAGAAGAAGAAAUUACUAAUAACAAUAUUAAGAGAGCAGCAAAUGAUAAACUAAUUAGAGGAUUCAGAGAGAGAUUGACGGAAGCAGUUGAAGAAAAAGGACGAGCCGAAGUGAUUUAUAAAUCAAGGGCUAAUUUACGUUCAUUACUGACUGGCGCCG